AGGCUCGAAGCCUUCGGCGAUCGCCGCGCCACCCGAAACUUUCCCCAGAAAAUCCAAAUCGGACGGCACCUACGGAAAGCUUAGAAUUUCGGCUACAUCGCAAGCCCAAGAAUGUAAGCCAGAAACACCGUAAAUACAUUUUAUGCGACCUUUAUUGAAAAGGUGUACGAGUUCUGGCGGUUAUACGGUAGGUCAUGUCUUGUCGUGAAAAAGUGUCCUUUGGAAAUUAGAAACUGGUUCCCAAUUUCACGAUAAUGCCCUAAAAUGCCAGAAGAAGGAGCAAAUGACGGCACCAGAUGCUCCAAGAACAGCUACAGCGAGGAUUUAGACACAGCCUUUUCAUGCAGCAAGUGGAGUAAGCAAAAGCUCAGCCCAGAUGAGGUAGUUGAAGAUUUUAUCAAGAGAUGUGAUGAAGAGUCAGUCAAAUUCUUAUCAGAAGGAGCUUUUCAACCACAACUCAACUUAAAAUAUGGAUCACAAGAUAGGGAAAAAAUUGAUGUAUUUUUACCAAAAUCUGCUGGUGUAGAUGCUCCCAUAUUCAUGUUUCUCCAUGGAGGCUACUGGCAGGCUGAGGAACUGAGUAAGGAUAAUAACUCUUUCCUUGGAGCACCUCUCAUCAAGAAUGGUGCUGUGUUUGUCACUGUUGGAUAUUCUCUAGCACCUGAGUGUACUCUACAUGAUAUGGUAGAACAAGUUAAAAAGGUGGUGGUGUUCGUGGCAAGAAGAUUUCCUCAUACAAGAGGGGUUUUCAUAUCCGGUCACUCAGCUGGUGGUCAUCUAGCGGCCAUGAUGCUCUCUGUUGACUGGUCAAGUCUUCUCCAGGACAAGAAGAAUGUUAUAAAAGGCAUUCUCCCUAUUUCUGGUAUAUUUGAUGUACGACUCAUCACAAAAACAUACAUCAACGAACCAUUGUCUCUUACAGAAUCUAGUGCAGCUUCUGUAAGCCCUCAUCUCCUUGUGGAUGCUAUCCCAGAAUGCAACCUGGGGGUCAAAGUUCACCUUCUGUUUACCGAGUAUGACCCACCAAUACUUAAACAACAAGCACAAGAUUACAGUAAGCUUUUAUCAUCUUAUGGUCUAGAUGUUGAGAUGACAAUGUUACCUGAAAAAGAUCACUUUCAGGAGCUUAUUGAGUUAACCAAUGAAAAUUGCCUAUUUCAGAAGGUUUUUCUUCGGAUGAUGGGUUUGACAUCAUGAUGGCCAUCCUUCAAGUAAGGAAACCCUUGAUAAUUUGUUUUUAUUUGAUCACAGUAUUCUCAUUCUAAUGUAUAAAAUAGAAGUAUGGUGUUGGAUGUAGAAAACCUGGGCAUGGUUUACAGUGCAUAUAACAAAAUUGCAAUCAAAAGAGUCUGGUUAAUUAUAUCAUAUCAGACUCUGUUUCGUGUACAUGGGGUGUGCCACAGGGCAAAGUACUUGGUCCACUUAUAUAUGCCAUUUCAUAUUCCUUUUUUUUUCUCCAUUGGAUGUGCAGCAGGACUCAUUAUAAGGUCUACUGAUAUACUCUAUAAUUACAUGUUUUGUGCCUCAGGGAGCAGUAUAUGGUACACUGUUAUUUAUUCUGUACACAGUAUAAUGGGAUGUUCUCAACAAGACCCAACCUGCUAUCAGUUACAAUGAUGUAAGUGGGUAAUACCCAAAUGUAGGUUAUUUAUAGUUAUCAAAGGCAUGUUGAUAUAUGUGACAAUCAUGAUUCUACCAAAUUAAUUUUGUUUUCUUUAUUUGAAAGCUUGAUCAGGGAAAAGAGUUUAGUAAGAGGUGACUGUGACAGAAAUACUUGAAUUGCAAAUAAUACACACAUUAUUGUGACGUUGCCUAUCCUGUCACCACACACAUACAUGUAUAAUUCAUUUUAAUUUCAUGCGUGCAUGACUAUUUAGUUUGGUUUGCGGCACUUGGACAAACUAAAGGUCAAUUGAGAUAUGAAGAUAGAAGUGAGUUAUUUUUAGAAUAUUGCAGAUGCACCAUUAAUUUUGGCUGGUUAAUUCUUAUUCCUCUGCCCUCUGUAGGUUGAGGCAUUAGGUUUCAGUCAUUCUCAUUUUGGAAGAAGGGCUAAAAAUGUAUUGUAUGACUGAAAAAAAUAAAUAUUGCAAAUAAAUACUUUGAGAAUCUAAUGUUAAAAGCCUAUUAUAUAUUGAAGUAUACUGCAAAAUAUGUUUUUUAUAUUUUUUUCCUGAUUUUAUUGUGAUGGGAUUGCAGGUAUCAUCAAAAUUGUCGACUAGAUCAUUGAGAGUGAAAAAAAAGUAAGACUUAGGACACAUCCCUGUUUGACCCCUGUUGUGGUUUUAAAAGAUGGGGCUCCCUGUUUUGGAGUUUAACCAAGAAGGAAUGUCAUUAUACAUGUUUCCAACAAUGUUAAAGAACAGUCCAUCUAUACCAUAAAAUGGUCUAAAUUUAUAAAGUAAUGCUUUCCUAUUAACUACAUCAAAAGCUUUUCAAAAAUCAAUAAAACACGCGUAUAAGUAUGGUUUCUUUUUAAACAUUUUAUCUAUAAUUGAUUUAAGAGAGAAUACGUGGUCUGAAGUUCUAGAUAUCUUCCAGAAACAUAUUUGUUCAAAGGCAAGUAUGUUAUUAUUUUGUAGAAAAUUAUGUAGUCUAUUGUGCAAUAUUUUUGCCAAAAUUUAGCCAAAGAUCUUGUUAGUUCUAUUCCUCUGUAGUUGUCAGAGUCAUUGCAACAACCUCCCUCAAAUAUUGAUGUUAUGAAGUUUUCUUUCCAUGCUUCGGGAUAUAUUCAACUUUUUGGUAUAGCAUUAAAUAUGUCAACAUAUAUGUGUAUAUUUGUUCUGCAAGACGCUAAAAUCAUUUCACCUAGAAUCUUAUCCAGUCCACUUGAUUUUUUCGUUUCAUGAGUUUGAGUGCACCAAGUACUUCUUUCCUUGUAAUAGUAGCGUUCAAAUAAUCCGUAUUAUAAUAAUUGGUAUUAUUACCUCUAUUCUGUUCCUCAACUAGAAAAUUAUUACUCUGUGUUUUAUUCAUCAGUUGUUUGAAGUGUGCACUCCACUCAGAUGGGGUAAUGUUUAAGGAAUUAUUGUCAUUAAACCUUUUCUUUUAAUGAAUCCGCAAUGCUCCAAAAUAAAGAUGGUUCUUUUGGUUCUGAGAUUAAAAGUUUGUCUACAUUUGGUUUUUUUUUAAGCCUAUGAUUUUUGCGGAUCAAUUUGCUCAAAAUUUACAUUUUGUUAAAAUAUUCACCCUCAGGAAAUUAUCCCAAGGUCGUUUCUGUAAUCUUUGUACUAGACGAGAUUUAUUUUGACAUUCAUUAUUAAAGGUGUAUGACUGAAAGUAUAACAGGAAGUUAACUACAUACUACAUAAUACAACAUCAUCAUGAUUUUGAUUAAAAUAUAAAACAUUCUUGAUUUGUAAUAUCAUCUACCUUGAUUACAUCACAUCUGAAAUAUAUCAUGCUUGGUCAAUCUUUAUCUAGCUCAAUAUUCUUUGGAAUUUUCAAUUUCACUGGUUUCUUCUUAAGUCAUCACAAUCAAUUUUAUAACAGAAUUGAGAAUCUGAUUGGAAAAUUCAGUUUUGUCAAUUUUUGGAAUGCUGUUGUUAAAAAGGUCAAAUCGAUAGGAUAAAGAUGAGUUAGUUAUGAUCACAAAUUAGAGAAUUGGUGUACAAUGAAAAUGUUGCAAAUACUAUUAGUCGCUUUCAAACUCUCAUUUGCCUGUGGAACAAUAAAGAAAAUGGUUUCACCUACUGGUCAGAGAUGAAGAACACGUCUCCUAAGAAUGAUUAAAAUAUAGUAAUAGGAAUAGCACUAAAUUAAUGUCCAGUGUUUUUAUGUUUUCAGGGAAAGAAUCAAAGUCAUUUGUGACAUGCUUGAAAUUCAACUUCUGGGACAUGUCUUGGAGUGGUUUCACAAACAAAUUUUGGACUGUUGACUGAUACAGUCUCUUCUGGUGGACCGAAUAGACUGAAGAUUCCAGUCAUCUCUCUUGCUAUAACUGCACUGGAUGUGUAAGUUAGCUUAGCAAAGAUCGGAUAUUUGGAAUGGUAGUUAGUAAAGAGUAGAUACUCUUGUCUAUUGAGCAUGAGCAAGUUAGUUCCCAGUCUGGUCCAUGGUGCUGGUGGUACAUCAUGGGGAUGCAGCGGCUCUUUCUGCUGUCUUGCUUGGUGUAUCUGGAAUGUCUGACACUGUUUUAUCAACUGCUCAAUGCCUUUGUUGAUGUUUGGCCAGAACAAUGUCUCACGAGCAAGUCAACUUGUGCAUGCUUUUAAUUCCCAGGUGUCCUAGUUGAAGCUGCCUAAGGAUGCCAUUCCUCGGCGUCUUCAGUUUGAUAACUUGACUUCCCUUGAAGAGUACUCUGUAUGAUACUCUGAUUUCAUCUCUGUAAGACCAAUAUUGCUCAAAGGAUGUUUGUAACUCUUAGAUGGUUUCAGGCCAACCCUGAGUUACUAUUUGCCAUAAUGAUCUGAGAACUGUUUCUCUCUAAUAUUCUAUUCUCUUGUGCUGUCCAAAGAAUAUCAUGUCAAUCUCAUUUGAACCUUUAGCUUCAGAGCAGAUUGAUUCCUCUCUGACCUCUAGCGGAACAUCACACACUCAGCUCAAGGUAUCGGAAAGAAUUAUGUCUUUUCCUGGUGGUACUCGACUUGACGUCUGUAUCCUUAGACUUUGAUAAUCAGUCUCUUAACACUAAGCCUUCUUGCUUUGUUGUCUCCAUGUGAUGUAGAGAAUCCUGUUGUGUUCCUCCUCUGUUCUUCCUACAAUUGCUAUGUCAUCUGCAAUGCAUAUGCAGCCUGACACAUUCUGGACGAUCCUAUCCAUGAUCAGCUUGAAGAUAUCCUGGCUUGUACAUAGCCUGUAUGGCAAUCUUUGGAAGCACUAUCUUUCAAAUGAUGUCCAGAAAAUCCUCUGCCAGAUGAACUGACCAAUAACCAGCCUUUGCAUCUAACUUGGAAAAGUUGAAGACAGGUUGGACCUCUUUCAAGGCAUCCCUUCAAGCACCUUUGGUCAAGACGAGUGCUGAUUGAUCUGUCUCUCUUCACAACUGUGGUAAUGUAGCUGUGCCAAUCAUUAUUGUAUUCAAUUUUCCUGAUAACUUCUUGCUGCUCCAUCUUGUCCAGUUCCUCCUUGAUUUUGUCUUUCAAGUGUAUGCUGCACUUGCGGUGUGUGUCUUUGGCAGGUUUUAUUAUUUUGUUUUACAUGAAGCAUCACCUUUCAUUUGAAGCUACUAAUAGCAUCGAAUUGCUGUUUAAGUAAUUCAGGCUUUAUCAACAUUUAGUGUAUAAUAAUAAUAAUAUAGAGUAUUUCUAAAGCCCCUAAUCCACAUUGAUUAUGUGCUCAAGGCACUGAAAUAUACUUGGUAUAUUAUCAUUACCCCGGCUAUAGCUGAGCGGCCAUAUAGGCGCUAAAGCAUUAAAGGAAUAAAUCCUACCGGGUACCCAUUCACCUCACCUGGGUCGAGUGCAGCACAAUGUGGAUAAAUUUCUUGCCGAAGGAAAUUACGCCAUGGCUGGGAUUCGAACCCACGACCCUCUGUUUCAAAGUCCGAAGACUAAUUCACUGGGCCACAACACUCCACGUAUGAUAAUCAUUUGAUGCAGGCCCUGUGCCAGUGAUUGAAUGCAGAACUCUUGGGCCAUUUGUUUACUUCACAUCAUUUGCUCAUUUCGCACACAGUGCAUUGCAUGCUAUACGAAUGUACAUGCAAUCAUACAUGUAUGUAUUCAUGUUUUUAUCACCGUUGCAUGAGUGGGUGCUACAAUGGUUAGCAUUCAGUAAAGUUUGGUAGGAAUUUAUGCAAAUACUUCUCAAGACAGGUAGCUGUUCUUGUCAUUUCGAGACAUUCCAAUUAACUGAGCAUGCCACCAUGUAACACAAGUCUUAUAGAGUAUGGAUCUCUCGAGACUCUGAUGUUUGGUAAAUUUUGGUUAACAAUUUCAAUUUGAUAAUCCCUAUUCAUUUUCUGAUGCGAUUAUUUUCAUGCAAAUUUUACCAGUAUAUCCAGUGCAUCGGUUGGUUGGGCGGAGGGACCAUUAGGUCACAGUGAUUAAGUUUGCUCUCCUCUUCCCUGGCCACCAACUGAUGCACUGGGCAAACUGCUAUCAAAUAUUGCACGUACCUGUAUGAUUUUUAUGUCAUUUUAUGUAAUGUUCGAUAUUGCUUUGUAAAUUAUCUUAAAUAUGUUUGAAGUGCCG